AGCUGUUCGCCAACUGCCAAAAAAAAAAAAAAGAGGCAGGCAGCAACAACAACAACGCUACGGGUAGAUCACAGGAAGCUUACUCCAAAUGACAAACUGAAUUGGCACAGAUCCCGACUUUCGGUCGCCACAAAUCAGCCUAAUUUGAAUGGAUGUAGUGUUGCACUACAAGAAAAAUGGUCCAAACGAUAUGGUCACAUUUGCUGAGAGGGCACUAGAGGAUUUCCCUCGCCGUGUGCUGCCCACCUUUAGGCCAUGGUUUCCUACGCAUGAGGACCAAUACCUGCCUAUCAGACCUCUGAAGAGAGCCCCAAUUGUUCUGGCGGAGGACUUGAAGGGGUUGCUUUUACACCAGCCGUCUCCGGAGCCAUUGGUGUCAUUUACUGAACCACAGCCCAUUUCUCUGUGUAGAGGAAACACAUGUCUUACCGAGAAGCCUCAGGUGACACUUUUGGAAUGUGCAGAUGAUUGCGACUAUGUCAAGACGUCAGAGGAGAAUGAAAACACAACCAAGAGGUUUAGGCGGUCAUGGAGUGUCUUCGCCUCAGGUGCAAAAUUCAGCGAGAACACUCAGACACUUUCUAAACAGUUCCAAAAGCUUAUUGAAAGACACGGUCUUGAACUACGCCAAAGAGCCAAAUGGAUAAUUGGUGAAGUGAACUGUGGACCGCGCCACAUAGAAAGUGUCUGGGCAAAAAUAACUCGGGCUGUGCGGCAAUCCAAACUCCCAACAUGCAAUGCAAAUUUUCAGAGAAAUAUAUCGCAGAUAUGGGUGUUCUGCGAUGUAAUUUAUGGAGAAUAUAUUGGGAACUUUCUCAAAAAAGAGUUCCAUCUGAAUGGACAGCUAAGUUUUGCCGUUCAUAAACAUGGCAACAUAUUCAGUUGUUAGAGCUGAUUUGGAGUCUCUUUGUGAACGGUUUGAAUGAAUUACAUAUUGAAAAAUCAAUUAUUCAAUUAAAAUAUUUAUACUUUUAAGGUUUCUGGUUUAGUUUGAUGUCUACCUAAUUGGGACCUAAUCAGAUGCUGUGUAAAGUAUGCUUGCCACAGAGAGAGCACCUGUAACAAUGAUUUUUCAAAGAGAUGUAUUGUAUAUAAUAAUUCUUCAUUAUUUAAUUAGAUAAAAGUAUGCAAAAAACUUUUAUAAAUAAUUGAUAUUUUGCCUAGAGAGCAAUCAACAAAAGGUUCCGUUUCAAUAUAUGGGAACAAGGUAAUUUAUCGCCUGGGUAACACUGGCUGUAAGAAAAGAUCCCCUCUGAGCUCCAGAAAUAACAACAUUAAUGGAUAAGGGAUAGAAUUGCUUUACAGAACAAGGUUAUAUAUUUAGGGACCUAAUUUACAGCUCCCUUCAGAAUUAUAGGCACCCCUGGUAGAGUUUCCAUGAAAUUCCCCACUUUUUAUCCAUGAAGUUUAGAUCAGAUGACUUAGAUGGCCAUGGCAGAAGCUUGAUUUUGUGUUCAGUAAAUCAUUUUUGGUUUGAUCUGGA